UCCCUGACACUGCGACGCUCCAUCCCGGAGACCGCCCGCCCGCCCGACGCCGGGACCUCGGGGCUCCGAGGCCUCCCUUCCCCCGCCCUCCUCCAGCAGCUACAGCCCAGUCCCCUCUGCCUAACUGGACCCAGUAUGUAGGAGGCAAUCUCCGCAGGUGGCCAGAGGGACCAUCGGAGACCCAGUGGGCAGGCCAGGCAGGGUGGGCACGGAGCCUCCCAGGCCAGGACAGUGGGCAUGGGCGGGGGCUGUGGUUGAAGAUCACCCCCGCCCACUGCAGACUCCAGGGGACUCCUACACUGCAGCUGCCAUGGCCACCAAUAAGGAGCGACUCUUUGCAGCUGGUGCCCUGGGUCCUGGAUCUGGUUACCCAGGGGCAGGCUUCCCAUUUGCCUUCCCAGGAACACUCAGGGGGUCUCCACCAUUCGAGAUGCUGAGCCCUAGCUUCCGGGGCCUGGGCCAGCCUGACCUCCCCAAGGAGAUGGCCUCUCUGUCGGUGGAGACACAAAGCACUAGCUCAGAGGAAAUGGUGCCCAGCUCGCCCUCGCCCCCACCACCUCCUCGGGUCUACAAGCCGUGCUUCGUGUGCAAUGACAAGUCCUCUGGCUACCACUAUGGGGUCAGCUCGUGUGAAGGCUGCAAGGGCUUCUUCCGACGGAGCAUCCAGAAGAACAUGGUGUACACAUGUCACCGUGACAAAAACUGCAUCAUCAACAAGGUCACCAGGAAUCGCUGUCAGUACUGCCGGCUACAAAAGUGCUUUGAAGUAGGCAUGUCCAAGGAAGCCGUGCGAAAUGACCGGAACAAGAAGAAGAAAGAGGUAAAGGAAGAAGGGUCACCAGACAGCUAUGAGCUGAGCCCCCAGUUAGAAGAGCUCAUCACCAAGGUCAGCAAGGCUCAUCAGGAGACAUUCCCCUCGCUCUGCCAGCUGGGCAAGUACACCACGAACUCCAGUGCAGACCACCGGGUACAGCUGGAUCUGGGGCUGUGGGACAAAUUCAGUGAACUGGCCACCAAGUGCAUCAUCAAGAUCGUAGAGUUCGCCAAGCGGUUACCUGGCUUUACAGGACUCAGCAUUGCUGAUCAGAUCACUCUGCUCAAGGCUGCCUGCCUGGAUAUCCUGAUGCUUCGAAUUUGCACAAGGUACACUCCAGAGCAGGACACCAUGACCUUCUCCGAUGGUCUGACCCUGAACCGGACCCAGAUGCACAAUGCUGGCUUUGGGCCCCUCACAGACCUCGUCUUUGCCUUUGCUGGGCAGCUCCUGCCACUGGAGAUGGAUGACACCGAGACUGGGCUACUCAGUGCUAUCUGCCUCAUCUGUGGAGACCGCAUGGACCUGGAAGAACCUGAAAAAGUGGACAAGCUACAGGAGCCACUGCUGGAAGCCCUGAGGCUAUAUGCCCGGCGCCGGCGGCCCAACCAACCCUACAUGUUCCCAAGGAUGCUUAUGAAAAUCACUGACCUUCGGGGCAUCAGCACCAAGGGAGCAGAAAGGGCCAUUACCCUGAAGAUGGAGAUUCCAGGUCCGAUGCCCCCUCUGAUCCGAGAGAUGCUGGAGAACCCUGAAAUGUUUGAGGACGACUCCUCGCAGCCUGGUUCCAAUCCCAAGGCCUCGAGCGAGGAUGAAGCUCCUGGAAACCAGGGCAAAGGGGACCAAAGUCCCCAGCCUGACCAGGGCCCCUGACCUCCCCCUCUGUGGGGCUGGGCUCCAGGCAGCAGACUGACCAUCUCUCAGACACUGCUAGUGAAUGGGAGAGGACAUGCUCUGCCCUCUCCCCACCUUUCAGUGAGCUCCUUGUUUUUUGCCAAAGUUUCCAGGGGUGCCUUUGUGCUCAUCCCUGCCCCAUUCUAGCUGGCUCUCUCUCCAGUCCUGGGAGCUUGUUCUGCUCCCACCAAGAGAGAGGGCAGAAGGGUGAGCCUGGGUCUGGACUCUAAUCUCAGCACUGCCCCCAUCAGAUACCAUGUCCUAGGCUCCCCAGGGCAGGAGGAAGAAGACCCUGCCAUCCCACGGCCCCUUCCUCUGCCAGGUGCUUGGGCCACUGAGAGCCAACAGGAACACUAGAGACCAAAAGGGCGGGCCCUUGGAGAAGUCUGAGCCCACCCUCUUGCCUUGGUGCCUGAUGCUGUGUAAUGCACCUGCCCAUGCACACUGCCCUCUGUGCCUUGUCCAUGUGCCAGGUGGGAAUGGGGGGGAGAGGCUGGGACUUGCCUUUCUGGGGUGGGGCCUGAGGGUGAAAUGACCCCCUCCCUGUGCCCUCCAUCGCAAGCCCCUCCCUCAGCCCUGUCUCGUGCCUUGGGGUCUUCCUGUCCCCCUCCCAUCUCAGCCAUUGGGCAGGGACCCUCCUACACUACAGAAGGGCAGGGAUCCCAUCCUAGUGCCUUCUACCCUGGAUCCCAACCCCACCCCAGAGCAGCUUGGCCCAGGGAGGGGAGAUGCUGCUUAGCUGAUCCCGCCCUGACCCAGAGGAAGCCUCUAUUUAUUUAUUAGCUUUUGUUUACACCCUGGAAUGACCCCUUCAGCCAGGGGUCUUGGGAGGGGGAGCCCAGGGCCUCUGUGAUCCCUCCCUUCUUCCUCCAAUCCCCAGUUUGUAUUUAGCUGCCAAAUAAGAUUCCUGCCGGCUCUCCUUUUUCUCUGGGGGGUCAGGGUGCUGUCCCCACCCCUCUGUUUACAUCUCCCCUCCACCCCGCUGUAUCGCGUAUUGCUGAGUUUUCUAUUUUUGCAAAAUAAAGAGAUGGAAACUCA